AUGACGAUGGACCCCAAUGAACACCCGUCAAGCCCGGACCAGGCUCACAAGGUCCCCUCCGGCGUUUCUCCGGGUCCCAGCGGCUCAAUAGAAGACUCGGUGCGAACAUUCAGAGUAUUCGAAGUCCUUCGAAGUAAAGACACGGCCGCGAUUUCCAAAGCUAUUACCGAGUCUGUCCCCUCUGCGAGCAACCCCCAGCCGAUCCCUGGCACGACUAUACUUCACCUAGCCGUCCAGUGCGCCGAGCAAGAUGUGGUGGAACAAGUGAUAAGAGAAGGAAAGGGCCUUGAUAUCAAUGCCCAAGACAAAGAAGGAAAUACCGCUUUACAUCUGGCUGCGCAGCUCGGCCGGACACCGGUGGUCAGACACCUGCUAGAAUUACCCGACAUCAAUGACUCCAUAUCCAACAGACAGGGCAAGUCGCCGAUCGAUCUGGCUCGCACACCCGAGAUCUUCCAGCAGCUGCAGCUUGCCCGAUCCAUCUUUUUGGAUGAUAAGAUCAAAGAGAUUCACGCCGCACUGGGGCAAGCUGACUAUAAACGAAUUGAGGCUCUUUUGGUCGAGCCUCGUGUUGAAGGGACAUUGGACGUCAAUGCCUUGGAGCUUCCAACCGACCCUGUGACGGUGCAAACCGGAGGGACACUCCUCCACGAGGCAGCACGCAAGCGGGACCUUCAGUUGGCACAAAUCCUGCUGCUUCACGGGGCGGACCCCUUCAGGAGGGAUCGCAAAGGCAAGCUUCCGCAGGACGUUACCAAAGAUGAUAGGACGCGAGCCAUUCUGAAGAAGUCGCCCGCCGCCGCCGCUGCCCAGAGGGGAAUUCAAGAAAAGGCAAUCCUAGGAAACCAUCCUUCUCACGCUCGCUCCGCCGCAGGGGCACCUGACACGAGUAAGGAUGCCCGCGAAAUGAAGGGCUAUCUGAAAAAGUGGACAAAUUAUACAAGCGGCUACAAGCUACGCUGGUUCGUCCUCGAGGAAGGCGUGCUCAGCUACUAUAAACACCAGGACGAUGCCGGCUCUGCAUGUCGAGGCGCCAUCAAUAUGCGCAUCGCCCGACUGCAUAUGGACCCGCAAGAUAAGACAAGGUUCGAAAUUCAAGGAAAGUCGUCGGUCAAGUAUCACCUGAAAGCCAAUCAUGUCGUUGAAGCCAAACGAUGGUUUUGGGCUCUCAACAACGCCAUUCAAUAUGCAAAGGACGAAGCCCGAGAGGAGGAAAAGAGACGCACUCUAGACAACGACACUCUACGUCAUGCCCGUGUGGAGUCUUCAGACCAACUCAGUCUGAUUGCUACGAGCACGCGGUCCAAGCAACCUCCUGCUUCGCUUGGGGUUGCUGGAGGAUCUUCCCGAGUGACUCUACGCCCUGACGUGGAGGGAGGUUCCGUGUAUGAGUCGAACGACCCCAGCCUUGUGGGCGAGGAACUCCAACUCAUGCCCACGAACCCUGCAACUGCAACCAUUGAUGCCGAGGAGGAUGCGGAUGGGGAUGAUGCCAGCAGUCGCGAAGUCCAUCAGCCCGGGAGCAAGGAUGCCUUGAACAUCACAGCACAGUCUGCCAAGCUGCAGCUCGACCUUCUGUCUCGUGUCUCUGAAGGGUUGUUAGCUCGCCAGUCAUCCCAACCUGACACGACCUUGUCUGAUGAGGAUGUCUCUCAAGCCCUCGCCACGUACCAAACGGCCGUGAGCAGUUUGAACGGAUUGGUGACGGAUUUAUUGAAGAUCUUCCGUGACCGAGACGCAUACUGGCAGUAUCGUCUGGAGAGAGACGCCGACGCUCGCCGGAUGUGGGAAGAAAGUAUGGCCAAGCUGGUUUUCGAGCACGAAGACCUCAAGAGGUCCAUUGCGGAAUCAGAAGAGAAGCGCAAGCGGACGAAGCGCGCCUUGAAGGAGGCGCUAGAGGGUCAGUCCAGGCCCGCCAGUCGUCCCGGCUCAGUAGCGCAACAAGAAUCUAAGGAGCAUAUUCAAUUUGAAGAAGCGGUCGAGGACCAACCGCCACCGGCCGUCCGAGGCGAAGUCCAGCAGAUAUCCGUCAAAGAACGUUCACGGCGGAAGUCAUUCACUCGAGAAGGAAACCGGAGAAAGUCCAUCAUCGCCCAAUUCACGGACCUUUCGGACUCUGAGUCUGGCGACGACGAAGAGUUCUUCGAUGCCAUUGAUGCGGGAAUGGUGGAAGUGGUGGAGCCCCCGCUUCUGAGUCCGCCGCCAGUGCAAGUGCCGUCAGGCCAACAAGAGCAGGAACAGGAACCGUUUUCGGAGCUGGAUGAACGGGCCAAGAAGCAGAUGGAGAUUGUGCCAUCGUACGCCGGCUACGAAGAUGGAGUGCGGCACAGGCUGAAGAUGGAUGCAGACGACCGGCCGAAGAUUUCGCUCUGGGGGAUUUUGAAGAGUAUGAUCGGCAAGGAUAUGACCAAGAUGACAUUACCCGUGUCUUUCAACGAGCCGACGUCACUUUUGCAGCGCGUAGCAGAAGACAUGGAAUACGCGGAUCUCCUGGACAUUGCAGCGGACAGACCAGACUCGACCGAGCGAUUGGUUUAUGUUGCGGCGUUUGCAGCGUCGGAAUACGCCAGUACAAUCGGCCGAGUGGCCAAACCGUUCAAUCCUUUAUUGGGUGAGACGUACGAGUACGUCCGACCAGAUAAAGGGUAUCGGUUCUUCAUUGAACAAGUCAGCCAUCAUCCUCCGGUUGGCGCCGCACAUGCCGAGUCUGCUCGGUGGGACUACUGGGGUGAAUCUGCGGUGAAAUCCAAGUUUUACGGCAAGUCUUUUGACAUCAACCCCUUGGGCACUUGGUUCUUGCGUCUGCGACCGUCCAAAGGCGGUCCACCGGAGCUGUACACGUGGAAGAAAGUGACCAGUUCGGUGGUUGGCAUUAUUACAGGUAAUCCGACGGUAGACAACUACGGCGCCAUGGAGAUCAAGAACUGGAACACGGGCGAAGUGUGUCUGUUGGAUUUCAAGCAACGCGGCUGGAAGGCCAGUUCGGCGUACCAGGUGAUGGGCAAAGUAAUCGGUGCCGACGGAGUGACAAAGUGGAGUAUAGGAGGGCGAUGGAACGAUAAGAUUUAUGCCCGUUUCACUGAAGGAUAUGAAGAUCAAGCUGUGGGUGGUGCGGCUGGUAUAAAUGGCCAAGGUCAAGGUCAGGGCCAAGGCCAUCAAGCAAUUCUGGUCUGGGAAGCCCAUGAACGACCACAAGGCAUUCCAUUCAAUCUGACGCCCUUUGUGGUGACGCUCAAUGCCCUUCCGGACAAUUUAAGACCUCAUCUCCCGCCCACAGAUACGAGAUUGAGACCGGACCAGCGCGCCAUGGAGGACGGCGAGUACGAUUUUGCAGCGACCGAGAAGAACCGCGUCGAGGAGAAACAGCGCGCCGCGCGAAGGAGGAGAGAAGCUGCCGGCGAGGAGUGGAGGCCCAAAUGGUUCGAGAAGAAAACUCAUCCUGUCACGGGUGAGCCGUAUUGGGAGUAUAAUGGCCAGUACUGGAAGAAGAGAUUGGAGCAUGAUUGGAGCAUGUGUGAUGAUAUUUUUUGA